GGCCCCACGCGGGGUCUCGGCGUGCGGGGACCGGCCCGGGGCUCUGGAUUUGUGCCGUGGGCUCUGUUAACGAUAUUUAUGUACCGGGCGUCUGGACUUGGUGACCGUGGACGCUGCCCCCUGUGUCCUCAAACGAAACUUCGUGAAUUACCUGCCAUUGUUGUUACAGAUCUUAUAGCAGUCGGUUUAAAGCGGGGAUCUGAUGAGCUUCUUUCUUCUGACGUUAUUAACGGACCUUUUACCAUGAACAAUUCUACUCCUACAGGUGUGUAUGCUAAUGGGAAUGACAACAAGAAAUUUAAAGGAGAUAGACCUCCCUGUUCGCCUUCCCGUGUUCUCCAUCUUCGCAAAAUUCCAAGUGAUGUCACCGAAGCAGAGGUCAUAUCAUUAGGUCUACCAUUUGGCAAAGUAACUAAUCUUUUGAUGUUGAAAGGAAAAAGCCAGGCUUUCUUAGAAAUGGCUUCUGAGGAAGCUGCUGUUACUAUGGUGAAUUAUUACACUCCUGUUACUCCUCACCUUCGAAGCCAGCCUGUUUUUAUUCAGUAUUCCAAUCACAGAGAACUUAAGACUGACAAUCUACCUAAUCAAGCUAGCGCCCAAGCUGCACUGCAGGCUGUCAGUGCUGGCCAGUCGGCAAGUCUGGCCCUUCCUGGAGCUCCUACCAGUGAAGGCACAGUCCUACCUGGGCAGAGCCCUGUGCUCCGAAUAAUUAUUGAAAACCUCUUUUACCCUGUUACUCUGGAAGUUCUGCAUCAGAUAUUUUCUAAAUUUGGCGCAGUCUUGAAGAUUAUCACCUUUACAAAGAAUAAUCAGUUUCAAGCCUUGCUUCAGUAUGCUGACCCAUUGAAUGCACAUUAUGCCAAAAUGGCUCUGGAUGGCCAGAAUAUCUAUAAUGCAUGCUGCACUCUGCGUAUUGACUUCUCCAAGCUCACCAGCCUUAAUGUGAAAUAUAAUAAUGACAAAAGCAGAGACUUCACUCGCUUAGACCUUCCUACUGGUGAUGGCCAGCCAUCCCUUGAACCCCCAAUGGCUGCUGCUUUUGGUGCACCAGGUAUAAUUUCCUCACCAUACGCAGGGGCUGCUGGAUUUGCCCCAGCCAUUGGAUUUCCUCAAGCCACAGGUCUGUCAGUCCAAACUGUUCCUGGAGCUCUCGGUCCUCUCACAAUCACCUCCUCUGCUGUCACUGGAAGGAUGGCCAUUCCUGGGGCUAGUGGUAUACCAGGAAAUUCUGUUCUACUUGUCACCAAUCUCAAUCCUGAUCUUGUCACACCACAUGGGCUUUUUAUCCUGUUUGGAGUAUAUGGUGAUGUACAUCGAGUCAAGAUUAUGUUUAAUAAGAAAGAAAAUGCCUUGGUUCAGAUGGCAGAUGCAAAUCAAGCUCAGCUGGCAAUGAACCACCUGAGUGGUCAGAGACUUUAUGGAAAAGUGCUUCGCGCUACACUCUCCAAACAUCAAGCAGUUCAGCUUCCUCGAGAGGGACAGGAAGACCAAGGUCUGACUAAGGAUUUUAGCAAUAGUCCAUUGCAUCGCUUUAAAAAGCCUGGCUCUAAAAACUUCCAGAAUAUUUUUCCACCAUCAGCCACUCUGCAUCUUUCCAACAUCCCCCCUUCUGUUACAGUGGAUGAUCUGAAGAACCUUUUCACAGAAGCUGGAUGUUCAGUGAAGGCUUUUAAAUUCUUUCAGAAAGAUCGCAAAAUGGCACUCAUUCAGUUGGGAUCUGUGGAAGAAGCAAUCCAGGCCCUCAUUGAGCUUCAUAACCAUGACCUUGGAGAAAAUCACCACCUCAGAGUUUCUUUCUCAAAAUCUACAAUCUGACUUUUCUGUGAAUUUUUCUUCUAAGACUGGACCAUAAUUUCAGUAAAACUUUCAGAUAUAAGACUGAAACAGCUCAAGACCAAUUCUGCCUCUUUCACAAAAAUAACUCUUUCAGAGUUUGAUAUUCAAGUAUAUUCAGAAAAUCAAAGGAUGUUCUUUUUUCUUUUUUUUCCCUGCCAAUAUGUGAUCAAAGGUUUGUUUUUCCUUUGUACCAUAGUUUCUAUGAAAAUAAUCUUCAGGAGAAAAAUUUUCUUCAAUAAUUUAAUUCCCUAUAUUAAAUUGGAUUUCAAGAGGACAGACUUUUAGUUUGGGUCCAGAUCAGCCUUAUACAACAUUUCUAAACUCCUUUGUACUUUGAAAAAUUUAAACAUAAACAGACUUUUAAAAUUACUUGAUGUAAGUAAUUUGAAUUACUUAUAACCAGGUUUUUAACUUUAUGAUUCAGAAGUUUGACCCCAUAGGAAAUUAUGUUCACUUAUAAAUUACAGUAAUUAUUUGGCAUAUAUUGGUAGUUAUUAUACAUAAACAUUGGGUUGUAUUGAAAGCAAAUUAUAAACUUGCAUGUUUUCUUUCAAUAGUUUUUUUUUUUCCUCUGUUAAACACUCCUUUGAAUAAUGCAUAUCUUUAAUUUUUUAAGACUAUUUGAAGAAAUAAAGUGUCUCAACUGUCCCCAAGGAAAUUAAGUGGAAUCUAACCAGGAUCUGUUAAGGUGUCAGAAUAAUUAAUAAUUUUAUUAGGAAAAAUCAUGUUUUAAAUUUCAAAAUGACACUUAUUUGCUGAAUAAUAUAAUAUGAUCUUGGAACAUUUAAAAAAAAUAAUCCUACUUAUAAACUACUUUUUUAUAAUUGUUUUCAGAAAAAAAGUUUACAGUCUUAAGGAGAAUAUUCAGGUCUAUCAUAUGGUUUGACAGAUUUUUUAAAAGUUAUUUUUGGUAAGGUCUUCUUUUAGAAAAAAAUUAAUCUCAAGGGUUUUUUGUACCACUGUAAUCUCUAAUACUUAUUCAGAAUUACUGUGUAUUUACUUAAUUUCCUAUUAUGUGCCUUAUUAUGUGCUUAUGAUACAAUAGGUUAGAGUUUUAUCUGAGUAUCUUGAAAGCUAUAUUGUGGGCUUGGUGAGCGUUUUGUUUUUUCUUUCCCUGUUUUGGUAGGAUUUUAAAGGGUUUUGUUCAUGGCAGUUUUAAGUGGUUUUCAAUAAGUAAUAGUUUUUAUUCACAUUUUUGGUGCUUUGGUGCAGAGAUGGGGUGGGAAAGGGUGAAUGGUUUGGGAAAUAACUCAGUGCACACCUGUAGGCCUCUUCACGUUGUGACCAAUAGCAGUCAUUGCCAGUUAUAGCAUACCAGUUUGGGGCUAUCAGAUACAAUCUCAGUUUCUGGAUCUUGUCUAAUCUUUAUCACCAUUAGAAUUUGUCUCAGGUUUGCUUGAUUUUUCUCAGUACUCAAGUGAGAACUUGCUUUUCUUUGUUAAUGUAACUUCAUUACCGAGUGCCCACAUAUGGAGUAUGAGAAGGUGGGUUCUUGCUCAUACUCUGUCCUUCUCUUUUUGUUUGAAUGUAAGAGUACAUUUUACUGUUGCUUCAGUGAUUGUAUAAUGUAAAUCGUUUCUUUUUAAUGAGAAACUUUGCUUUUGUUAAUUAUUCCUUCAGUGCUUGGCCAGGUUUUUUAAAAGCAGAAUUUGUCAAAAGUGUCAUUUUUGUUCACUCCUUUUAUACUUUUCAGAUUCUCAGAGUAGUUCAUCUCACCUUUUAAAAGAAUAUCUCAAUCUCUUUGCUAUAUUCCAGCUGUAAUUUGAACACAGGAAGGUUUUUACAAAAGAAAUUUUACAGAAAAUUGGAGACUACAAAAGAUAUGAUAGGUUGUUAAAAAGCAGAAUUCACUCAACACUGAGCAACAGUUAGUUCGUAGAAUAGGAAGGAGGACACUAAAUUGAGACCUUUCAAAUGGAUCAAUUUUAGCAUUGGCUGAAUAGGUAGGUGUAAUCGUUUAUCUAGUUUUUGUUUUCUCGCUUAUAAGGUAUAUUUUUACCAAAACACUGAGGAGAGGGAAAAAAAAUUUUUUCUUUGAGAAAUCUCCGAGAAUUUCCUUCCUUUUUUUUUUCUUUCCAUACAGGCACUAUUAUAAUUUUCAGUAGCGUGUUAAAUUGGAUUAUUUCAUUAGCUUUGAGUUAGGAAUUACUGUGUAAUUUUAAUUCAUGAUUCUCAUAACAUUCAGUGUAAGUAUAGCAGAAGUGUAGCAGAAGGGAGACCAUAAUGGUGUUGAAUGUAAUUUUGAAGUAGAGAAUGGCCUUUAAAUCGGAGUGAGAACAUUUGAAUCCUUUUCAGGGAUUUGUGUGUGUGUGUGUGUGUAUAGGUAAGUGUGUAUACAUACAUACACUUUUCUAAUGUUGUACAUACAUAUGCACAUUAUAUACAUUCUAACUUAUUUACAGAGAAAAUCAAAUCAAGAUUUGGAAAAAGAGAUAUUCUUGUUUAAAAUACUGUGUUUGAAACCAUCAGUUUGCAUCUAAAAUUAGCUGUAGCACAUGGAUGUGUCCAUAUUGGGUUAUUUGCUGUUUGAAUUAUAGAGGUCUACAGUAUUUGUGUUGGCAUAGUGUCUGUAAAAAGAUUAAAAAAUAUCAGGGUAGUGGAAAAACUAGAUCUUUGUAUUUCUGUUUUGGCAUGCAUUUAUUUGAUAUCUUCUAAGCAAUGUUUAUUUUCACUGAUCUGUCAUAGUAUCCUAUUUUUAAGUUCAUAUACUUUAUUUUAAGGAGUAUUGUCUCAUCACUUUUGGAGGUAUCUUGACAUUUACGCAAAGUAUAUACAUUCAGGACUUUAAAAAAUAGCAGUACGUGUUUAACGGUAGCAAUUAAUGCCAAAAAGUUUUACUUUGAGAUUUAAAUAACUUCAUAGCAGUAAAAUGUGUUUUGUGUGAGAUAACAAAUAGAAAGAUGACCCAGUAUCUUAAUUGAUAACCUCCUGGAAAGUAUCAGAAUUACCCAGUAGCUCCUACAGAAUGCCGUAAAUUGUUUAAGACUAAAUAUUGUAAUCAGUUGUUUGUAAUAAUGUUUCUGAUUUCGUUGUUGAAAGUGGCAGAUCUCAGUUUUUGGAGAGACAGUUUCUGUCUGCCUGAUUCCUAAUGGGAGCAAUGCCUUCUUUGGCUCCACCUAGGAUGGUGAUCAUAGGUUCUGCUUCAGUUGAUGAGAAGUAACUUGCAUGAAUAUUCAGUUUCAUAUAAACUUUUCAAAGCUUCCAUGUCAUUAGCAGCAGAGUGUAUUCAUUGAGUAUAUUAUCAUGUAAUUUCUCUUCUCUUCCCACUAAAUGUUUUUGGACAAAAGAUGACAAGCUCAGAAGUAUGUGUUUUUACCCCCAGUGAGUCACUUAAAAACCCUAAGUUUGCCAAGCUAUCAGCAUCUCUCUUAGAAAACCUAAUGUGUACUGCUAUUUUUAAAACCAAAAAGACAGCACAACUGUGUGCAAAGCAUUUUUCUUAGCCUUUCCUUUAUCUUGAUCCAUUGUUAACAACAGUAAUACUGCCAGACUUAAAAUAUUCUACUAUUGUGCUAAAAGAAAUACAAUUUAGAUUGCACAAAACUUUUCCUUUAAAGAAAAUGUAACUCAGCUGUCUUUUAAAAGAGCUGUGUUGUUGUCUACAAGACUAUUUGCAGUCUUUUUUCAGAGCAAAUUCCAACAGUUAGUUGUGAAUGGUUUAAAAUAGAAAAUUACUAAAAUAUUAGUUUUUGGGGUUUUAUAGAGGGAGAAAACAAAACAGGACCAAAGUUUAUGUGCCUUCUUCAGUAGUCUUAAUUUUCUUCCAAUUUGAGACUAAGGUAGUGUCAGUGUUCUGGUUUUCAGGAAAUAUGUACCAUAUAGUUUUAAAAGAAUGUUAUUCCACAGACUAUUCAUACAAGCAAAGAAUUGUAACUGUAAAUGAAGUCUCAGUUACACUUUUGCCUUUAUCAAGGGUUUAUCAUAUAAUAUUCGUUAUAUAGCAUUGUGCAGGUCCAAGAACAGAGCUGCUCUGAAUCUGUGGUAUUCAUCUUAGUUUUUGUAACCUGAAGUGUAUGUUCCAGAGAACAGGGAUAGUGGUCUGGUCCUUUGACCUUGGUGAGAAUAGUCAUGAUUGAAAGCUGUUCAUGGCAAGCUUAAAUCAGCACUGUAAACAGAUUGUUGUUGUUGUUGUGUUAUUUUGAGUUCUUGCAUCUAUGUAGUAGUUGUAAUAACAAAUAUUUGAAUAGCUAUUUUUGAUGUCAUGUAAAAAAAUCAUACCCUGGCCUUUUUCCCCCUUACCAUUGUUACCCAGAUCUUUUAAAAAUUCAUCCCACAUCCAGAAAGUACUAAUUAUAAAGAUUGCUGACCAAGCAAAGUUUUGCAUCAAAAUGUCACCUCAUUGCUCUGACCAAAGACUGACUGUUCUGGUUUUCACUCCUCUCUGUUAAGCAUUUUUUCCCCAAGCUCCUUUCUGAAAGGAGACCCAGUGCAAAGCGGCCUUUACUUUCUAUUUCCUAUUGGUGACUAGACUACUUAGAGAAAAUGGGAGUUUAAAUGUGAACAGAAUGGAUUAGGAUGACAAGGGUUUGAUGGGCAUUUUCAGUACUGUAUUUAAGAAAAAAAAUAGCACAGCUAGGAGCCUCUGACAUUGUCUUAUGUUUUACGUGGUCUGUUCAUAAAAUUCCCUUUUUCAGUUUAUAAGAAUGUUCAUCUAACAGAAGAAAAUGCUGUAAAUAUUUGUAACAACAUUUUUUUUAACCAGGCCAAAAAAGAAAAAAAAAGGUUUUUGGGAACAAGUUAACACAUAAAGUGGUUUUAUAUAAAACAUCAAUUGUCUUGUAUAUUUUGAUAAGCAGCAGUACCAGCUUUCAUUUGUAAACACAGUUUGUGGCAUUGGAAGAAAAGGAUUCUGUGAUUGUUGAAGUGAAUUAUGUUAUAUAUGCAAAGAGAAGAUAAAAUAUUAAAAAACAUAUUUUCUAAA